UUGAACUGACCGCAGACCCUGUCGUUCCUCAGCAGUCCCAACAACAGGAGCCUUUGAACUGCCCGCAGACACUGUCGUUCCUCAGCAGUCCCAACAACAAGAGCCUUUGAACUGCCCGCAGACCCUGUCGUUAAUUCCUCAGCAGUCCCUGCAGCAAGAGCCUUUGAACUGCCCGCAGACCUUGUCGUUCCCAGCAGUCCCUGCAGCAAGAGUCUUUGAACUGCCCGCAGACCCUGUCGUUCCUCAAUAGCCCCAGUACAAGGAGAGUCCUUGAACAGCCCGCAGACCCUGUCGUCCAGUCCCUGAUCACAGCCCCAAGAUGUCGCGAGGUCUCGUGCUUCUCAUCGUCGCCACGGCAGCAGCGUCGGCGCAGGCUGCCUAUUCGGCUUGCUAUUGGGCGGUGAAUGAUGCCAUGAAAGCUGUGCCAACAGCUGCACAGUUGUCUGCUUGCUCGUCACAGUGUUCGGCCAACGCUGCGGAUAUUCAGAAAUUUUUGGCAAACCCAAACUGCUCUAUGUCCGCUGACCCGUACGACGCGGCUACAUGCGAUCCAAUUAUUGCCAACUGCACGAAGUGCGUGCUGAAGGCAGCCAAACUUCUGAAGGCAGACAACACGUUCGACGAGACGGCCUUCAAAGCAACCACAUUGCAGAACAAAUGCAGCGCUGACGCCAAGUUCAAAGCCGCGUACCCGACGUGCAAGAACUCCACCAUGAAAUAUUUGAACUUAAGCCGGCUAUUCCGAUGUCUCUUUACUGCUGUAAACCCCUGAGAUGCACGGAAGAACAUGGAGGGGUGAUGUCACGGGAGAACAUGGACGGGCGAUGUCACGGGAGAACAUGGACGGGUAAUGUCACGGAAGAACAUGGAGGGGCGAUGUCACGGAAGAACAUGGACGGGUGAUGUCACGGAAGAAU